AUGCGAACCUUCAUGAGCGAAAAACCGAAGCUGAAAUCUUCUAGAUGCCAGGGACUAAACCUGAGAUUCUAUGAAAAGGAGUCGUUGGGUUUCUUAAAUGGGAACUGGCUUGCUGAAAUGCCCGUGUUUGAAUGUUGUUCGACCUCUCCUCUUCUCUUUUUCAGUGGAAGCAUGGAGCCAGCGUUUCACAGAGGAGAUCUCCUGUUCCUCACGAACCGAAUUGAAGAUCCAAUCAGAGUGGGAGAAAUCGUGGUCUUCAGGAUAGAAGGAAGGGAAAUUCCUAUAGUCCAUCGUGUCCUGAAAAUUCACGAGAAGCAAAACGGCGACAUCAAAUUCUUGACAAAGGGAGACAAUAAUGCAGUUGACGACAGAGGGCUCUACAAACGAGGGCAGCACUGGUUGGAGAAAAAGGAUGUAGUGGGACGAGCGAGAGGAUUCGUGCCCUAUAUUGGAAUAGUGACUAUCUUAAUGAAUGAUUAUCCAAAAUUUAAGUACGCAGUCCUCUUUCUACUGGGUUUAUUUGUGCUGGUCCAUCGAGAGUAACCUCCUGCGCUGAAGUACGAGGUGAAGGUGCCAUGGAUUUUUUUUUUUUCAGAUGAACGUUUUAAGUAGGUGAUGGCCCGAUGGGCCGGGCAGAAGAAGAAAACACGCAUUUCAAAGCUUCUUGCCGAGUCUGGGUUUUGUUUUGGUUUUUCCUGUGCAAGGGCGAACGUUCGUCACAGUCUUUCCAAUGGGUUUGUCACAUUUUAGCAUUUUUAGUGAGUUUUUUAUAUUAAAAAUUUAAGCCAAACCAUUCGGUGUUUGUACUUUGAAGCUGGUCUUCCUCUCAAAGUGCCUAUUGUCCUCAGAAGUCCAUGCCUGUGCCGGGCAAGCGUGACCUCUCCGUGUGCUGGCUGAACUCUCAAAAGAGCGAGCUGGGGAUGUGAUGCUUUCUCCAAUUCACGACUGGAAUAAAAGAUUUUGUGCAUCUCACCU